AACCAAUCUUUCCUGCCAGACGGCGGGGAUCGUGUUCAGCGGCAACAAAACGUCGGAGCCACUGGCGGGAAGUGGAAGCUGCCAUGGCGAACGCACCAGGACAUGCUCGUAUCAGCUUGCUCGUGCUUUGGCUGCUAGAGUCGACGCUAUGUGUUUAUGUUGACAACUUAGCACUCACAGCUUCAAGAGACGCUUCAACUGAGGUACCAGCGUUGAAGCACUCUGGUUCAGCUGUUGGCAUGCCAGUGAUGCGGAAACUUGCUGUGAACUUGGAGGACCAGUUGGCGGAACUGAUGCGGAACGCCAUGCGCUUCGCCAUGCCCACUGUGCAGGAAGUGAUGGCUGAAGGCACAGUAUCUUCGGCGUGCAUCUCCAGCUUGUUGGUUCUCUACAAGGGCCUUGCACGCUACGAGAUAUGGGCGCUGAAAUUUGUCGAGUCAGCCGGCGUUCCCGAAGGAGUGUUUGAACUGAACAGCGGUAGUUUGGGACGAUAUGAUGAAUGCCUCAGCAUUGAAGUUCUGGACGAAGCCAACAGCAGCCUGGUGGCGUUUCGAGGCUCUUAUUGUAGCACCUUCCUGAAGACGCGAGGCAACCCGUUCAUCACCAAGCUCAUGAGGCGAAUCUUCGAGAGUACGCCGCAGAUAAAAAUGCGGCUAGGAAGUUUUGAGGAGUUCGAGAGCUUGCAAGAGAACCCCUAUCAAGAGGGCCUACGUGCAGCGCUUUGUGCGCCGUCUACGUGCACGGCCACUGACAUAGAAAAUUUGCUCGCAGCUGCUACUGAACCGUAUGGCAUACGUGUUACGGUGCCUGUCUGUAAGGAUUCCUCACCGACAGCGAUGGGCACAGAGCAAGUCUUUGCACUUUCUGCUUUGACCAUCUUGCUCGCGCUGGUGAUUGUAGCCUCUGCUGCGGACUUGUGGUUCAGGCAUUACACGAAGAAAAACCAAGCAGCUUCCAGAGACAAGACUGCGAAAGCCAAGGUUCUCCUGUCUUUCUCAAGCAUCACGAACACACAGCGCCUUUUCGACUUGAACGCCGGCUCUGGAGGACAGCUACGCUGUCUCGAAGGCGUGCGCUUCCUUAGUGCUGUGUGGGUCGUGGUCACACACAACUACAUUGUGUCGGAACCCAACAGCAUGGGUAAAGUUCUGGACAUCUUCGCCCUCAGAUCAAAUAUUGUGCUCACCCCCGUGUUCUCCGGAUACCUCAGCAUUGAAACUUUCUUCAUCCUCAGUGGGUUUUUGGUUGCUUACGCUAUAUUCAACGAGGCGCACCAGAAAAAAGAGCCGAUUCCAUGGCCACUAAAGGUGUUGAGGCGGCACGUGAGAUUGACGGGACCAGCAUUCUUAUUUGUACUGUUCGCGUUACUGUACCCUGCCCUACUGAGUGGGCCAGUAGCCGACCACAUUAGAGAAGACAAUUUCGUCAAGCCGUGCCAAAGCUCCUGGUGGACACCCCUGGUGCACGUCUUGAACAUUCGGCCCAUAAAGAAGAUGUGUGCCGCCCACAUGUGGUACCUUUCGUGCAACUUCCAGAUAUACCUUGUGUGUUUCGGAUUCAUCAUACUGAUGAAAAGGAAGCCCCUGAUCGGAGGACUGUGCCUGGUGGUCUUGUCUGCAGUGGCGACCGUGGCUGUAGCGGUGCAAGUCUACUCCUACCGCUAUGGCGCUUUCAUCAUGAUGGGAUCACUGCACAUAGAGAGCAGUGCUGACCACAUUCGCUACGUAUACAUGCUGCCUCACCAACACUUCGUCUCUUUCGCCCUAGGGGUAUUCGAAGCAUACGCCAUCGUGAACAAAAGACUGACCUCGAUUACACGACUCACCGAUGCCGUCUCGCUGCUGUUCCUCAGCUUGUUCUUCGCCUUCAUCUUCUACAUUGUGUGUGAAUGCCCAAUCACCAAUCUUGAUAAGGUGGCGGUGGACGCCAUAUUGAAAAGAAGAAGGCGAGAUGCGAUGAACGAUGCCCCUUCAGCGAACAUCUACCCCAACAACAUUGAGCUAGGUGGCUGCGGUACACAGGGUCUUGCGAAAAACUUCAAAUGAUUACAUCAAUGUGCAUUAUGCUCGA